CAGAGAGGGAGGGGGUUGCAAAAGCGGUGCGCAGUUACGGUAGUAGCUAAAGACUGUUUUCACUCAAUUUCCCAGUCCACAAGAUUGUGAAACUAGCAAACAGUGAAACUCAACUAAAUCAAACUAAAUCCAAGUUCCGUGUGGACGUUUCUCUCCGAGUUCUCUUCCAAACAGCUGUCAGGAUGAAGAGGAGGAACCCUGGUAGUGUGAAGAGGUUGUAGAACAAAACAAAAGAACAGAAGAAUAAACUGCAUCCUCUUGGGCUCUUCUUUGGGACUUCUGUCUGCACUGGCGCUCACUAUGAGUUGGAGCAUGUCAUAGCCCAUUUCUACAGCUGCUUUUUGGAGACAGCAGCAACCACAACUGGAGACAGCACCCUGCUUCAUGAACCAGCGGGAUGCAGCGGAGGUCCUCGCACUCUCCGAGCGCCUCCUCGUAGCUUCACACAAAGGACAAGUUGACAGUGUGGUCCAGCUUAUCAACAAAGGCGCAAAAGUAGCCGUUACCAAGUAUGGCAGAAGUCCCUUACACUUGGCUGCCUACAAAGGCCAUAUUGAUGUUGUUCGUGUCCUGCUCAAAGCUGGCUGCAACCUGGACAUCCAAGACGAUGGAGAACAGACGGCAUUACAUAGAGCAGCAGUGGUGGGAAACAGUGACAUUAUCAAUGCUCUGAUCCAGGAAAGCUGCGCACUGGACAGACAGGACAAGGAUGGCAAUACUGCUCUCCAUGAGGUGUCCUGGCAUGGCUUCACUCAAUCUGUGAAAUUGCUGGUGAAAGCUGGAGCCAAUGUUUAUACCAAAAACAAGGCAGGAAAUACACCUCUCCACCUUGCAUGUCAGAAUGGUCAUGCUCAGAGCACCAAGGUUCUGUUAUUGGGUGGAUCCAGACCUGACAGCAAAAAUCAUGCAGGUGAUACCUGUCUACAUGUGGCGGCCCGCUACAAUCAUCUGGCUGUGAUUCGUAUCUUGCUGGGAGCAUAUUGCUCUGUGUCAGAGAAGAAUUUGGCUGGAGACACUCCGCUACAUGUGGCAGCUACACUGAAUCAUAAGAAGGCGAUACGCCUGCUGCUGGAGGCUGGAGCAGACAGUCGCAUCAACAACAAUGCAGGUCUAACAGCUUUGGACCAGGCCAGAGAACACAACAACCCAGAAGUAGCUCUUCUACUGACUAAAGCACCCCAGGUGCAAAGUUUUGUGCGUGGCAGGAAAGCAAGGAAGAGGAGAGAUGAGCUGAAGGCAGAAGGUCGGGCUCAGUCAGUGCCUAGAAAUGCGAUGCUACCCUGUAAGAGUAGUGUAUCUGCUGCAGGCGACAGCCAGAGCAGUGACCAAGCUGCCUGCAAACACACUAAGGUAACUGAGUCUAACGCCAGGAGAGGAAAGAACAGGAAGCGGAAAAAAAAGCCAUCUUUGUCUGACCCUCUGCACUGCAGAGAGACCAGGCACUGUGGAACCAUUCAUAAGAAGAAAGGUAAACUGCGUGGAACCGCCCCUUAUGUUUCCAUCCCUCCACACAACUUCAAAGCCUAUCAGCUGUACACGCUGUACCGAGCAAAAGAUGGCAAGAUAAUGCAGGCUCCUCUGAAUGGCUGCCGCUGUGAGCCUCUCAUAAAUAAACUGGAAAACCAGCUGGAAGCUACCAAGGAGGAAAUGAAAACUGAGAUCCACAUCAUUCAAGACCAACUGAACAGCAAGAUGGGCCAGCUCGACCGCAAGAACAAACACCAGAUCUGGGCUCUUGACAAGAUGACAGUGGAGAGAGCGUCAGCAGAGAGAAGCAGCUGUCUGAAGAGGAUCGAGCAACGGGCCCUGCAGGAACGACGUGAAGCAGAAAAGAGACAGCAGACAGCUCUGGCCAGUGAACUGAAGAGCUGGUGUCUGUCCAAACUGCAGAACAUGGAGGGCCGUGUCACAGGAGAGCCCAGCAGCACCAAGUUACAGCACUCCUCUACUGUGGCCGAAGCUAAUGUAGCACCCUUCGCUGUGGUGCCCAUUGGACAAGGGAGCAGCUCCCAGUGCCUUGAGCACCACAGUGACCCUCCACUCCUGGAGUUCAGCCGGGAAGAGUCUAGUGUGGCAGAGGGUGGCACAGCCAGUCACUACUUUGUUGUUCAUGUGGAGAGCUCUCCAGAUGGUGAUAAGGAUCAGAAUACUGAGGAUGACUCUCCCACAGCAGCCAAGAACCCCCCAUCAUCUGUUCAGGUGGUUCGGCCAAAGGAGCGCUCUGUGACCUCUGCUGACACCAAGAGGAAGAACCAGGAGCUGAAUGAUGUGGACAUAAUGAGGAGUGGGGCCAGGAGCCAAAGAUCCAGCAGCUUCUCUCCAGCCACGGAGCGGCGCUGCAGCAGCAGAAAUGACAUAGGGAUCAGAGAGAAGGAAGGACACUGUGAUACAGGGAAGCACCAGAAGAAAUAUUUUCAGGGUAGGACUAAAUUGAGAGGGGACAUAAAGGUCAGGCCUCCAGAGGUCUUUGGAGGCCAGCCUACGUUUACUCAGGAGAGGGACAACAUGCAUGCCAUUGAGGUGACCCAGUAUUUCUUUGAGACGGUCUCGACUCAGAUGGAGCGCUGGUAUGAGAGGAAGGUGCAGGAGGCUCAAUGGCAGGCAGAUCAGAAGGCUCAGACAGAGAAAGAUGCUCUGAUUAAUAGGAUUGCCUACCUGGAGGAUGAGCUACGUAUGCUGAGAAUGCAUCGGGACGAGGACUGUUAAGAUACAAUCCAUUUGCUGGAGAAAAAAACUGCUGAGAUCUGUCCAGCAUUGACCAAACAUCAUAUAAAUGUGAUUCCUCUUGAGGACCAGUAUACAAAACUGCAGAACCUCAGAACCACAGUCUUAGAGCAAAGUGCUCCAUUGGGGUGGUGUGGUAGUAUGAAGUUUUUAAGAUAAGAUGCAGCCUGAUUAUAGAAGACUUUAUGAGGCAAAGGGUUUUAAAUUUGAUUCUGGAUUUGCCAAUGAAGCCAAUGAAUGGAAGCCAGUACAGUAGAAAUAUGCUCUCUCCUUCUAGUUCCUGUCUGAAGUUUUUUCGGACACCCUGAUAAUAAUGAAUUACAGUAGUCCAGCCUAAAUGUAAUACAUGCAU